UACAAGGGGUUAGUUGUUUCUCAAUCUCCCCAGUAGAAAUGAAACCUUUGCUUUUCAUUUUCUUAAGUCUCCUCACUGCUACUUUGUAUUUCUUUUCCUUAUAUAUCGACUCUCCUUCCUCUUCUUCUUCUUCUUUGUUUGUCAUUCCAGGAAGGAGAUCGAUGCGAGGGCUGAUGAUGUCUUUGCCUGAACAGAAAGAGUACAGAAAUCCACAAAUGAAGGUCAUAAUUGAAGAUUCAAAGCAGUCAUGGGUCCAAAAUCCUGUGGCACUUGAUGAUUCAGAUGAACUUGUCUACAACAUUGACUAUCAUGGAGUGAAGACUCAUCCAACCCCAGUUCCAAGACAUCCCAAGCCCUGAAGUGAUUCAAAUCAAGUUGUUGAUCGACCACUUCUGAAGUAAGAGAAGAUAGAGAAUAUGUAUUUCAUGUCUACUUAAUUGAUGAAUGCAUAUUUAUAUCAGCAAUAAAAUAGUUUCUGCUCC